CACUACCGGACGGUCCCCGGACGUGGGACCUUUUCCGCGACUUUCUCCGUCCUGCAACUAAUCGAAAUGGUGUGUGUGAAAUGAGAUCCCGCGUCCCAGUACGCCCCCUGUGUACUACCACAUACAGACCAGUCCGCCAUCUCUGUACUGUAAGGAGCGCGCGGGACUAUCUCUCACCGACAUCAGCUAGGAUACACCACAAAGACGGUGCAGCCGUGGCCCAAGACGGAGUGCACGUCUACGUCAGUUACCUCACCUGAGUGACGUCAACGUCAGUUACCUCACCUGGUUGACGUCGACGUCAACAAGCUCACCUGGGCGACACCUACGUUACUUCUUUCACCUGUGCGACGUUUUCGUAAGUAGGCUCACCUGGUGAGUGACGUCAACGUCAGUGAGCUCACCUGUGUGACGCCGACGUCAGUUACCUCACCUGAGUGACGUUUUCGUCAGCAAGAUCACCUGGGCGACACCUUCGUGUCACUUCUUUCGACGUUUCGCGUGCGUCAGUAGUCUCACCUGAGUGACGCGUACGUCAGUAAGCACACCUGAGUGACGUUCCGGUCAGUGACCUGCGGAAUUCGCCAUGAGGCUCCUGGUGGUGCUGCUUGCAUCCGCUCUCGUCUUGACUUUGACUCCCAGUAGCGACGGGAAGGAGAUCCCCAAGGAGGAAGAACAUGUGGAGGAAAACUACCUGUCGUACGGUGGGGAGGAGGAGAGGAACUUAGGAGACAAGGAGAAGGAGGAGGAGGAUUUUGAAGAGGAUGAGGAGGACGAUGACAGUGAGGAAGAAGAAGAAGAGGAAGAAACUUCAGAGGAAGAGGAGGAGGAGACUGACUGGGCGCCCAUCAGGGUCAACAGGCAGAUUCGGCCGUUCGGAGCGCCCGCCGGAAGUGCCCGGUGCCCCAUCAUCACCGGACGUGACGUAGAUGACACGCUCACACAGAGCGAAGCCAUCCGGAGACUCGGGGUGGUGUACGGAAUCAUGGACCGGGACGGGGACGGCUUCACCUCGGAGGGGGAGCUGGCCGCCUGGUUCGGCGCCGUGAUUGGUCGCCAGCUCGAUGACGAGGUGGACAGGGUGUGGGGCCUGUAUGACGUCAAUGGCGCGGGCCGACUCAGCUGGGACAUGAGGCUGCAGACUUACAAUGCUGUACAAGGAAGGUCCGAGAGCGAGUUGGACCCGACCUGUCAGACGUACCUGAAGAUGAUGGCGCGAGACGAGCGGCGGUGGAAGCGGGCAGACCAGGACUCGGACGGUUUCCUGUCGCGGGACGAGUUCGCCGCUUACUUGUACCCGGCAGACUUCGACUUCAUGUACGAAACCGUGGUGGAGGACUUCAUCGAUGAGUACGACGUCGAUGGCAACGGUGUUCUGUCCCUGAGCGAGUUCACAUCCAUAUUCGGCAGCAGCUGCGGGGUCGACACGGCCACCCUGCAGGGGCAGUUCCGGUCACGUGACACGGACGGAGACGGCCAGCUGGGCAUCCAGGAGCUGAUCUCGUGGGUCAUCCGCUUUGGGUACGACAGUAACGCGGAUCAAGCAACCCGACUGAUCCAGGACGCAGACACAGACACGGACGGCCGGCUGAGUCUGUCGGAGAUCCAGGCGUACUACCGGACCGUGCUGAGCGACGCGGGCGGCGGCAGGGGAGAUGCCGGCGGGAACGCGCAUCGCUGCUCGUUCGCCUUCCUGCUGUACUGGCACAUCCACAACACCUUCACCGACGGCUACUGGCAGAACUGGAGCUGGGCGACGUACCGUCCUCGGACAUACACCGGCUUCGGCAGCAUCGCGACUGUGACCGGCACGGGCGGCGGGACCGGCAUCACCACGGGGACCACGGUGACGGGCGUCACGGGGACCGGCGGCCGCAUCACCACGGGCGGCGGCGGAUCCGUCACCACGACAACUACCGUCACCGGGGGCACCACCGGCGGGACCACCACAGGCGGAAGGGGUGGCGUGGUGAUCUACGACUACACGGAGACGGGAACGGGCGGGGACCGGCGUACUCCUGAUGGAGGCGUGGUCACCUACUCCACCGACGACCGCGGCGGCGGCGUGUCCUACACCAUCGACGCCCAGGGCCGACGGAUCUACACCACGGCCGACGGACAGAGAUACUACUACGACGAACUGGGCAACCUCAUCUACAUCACGACUGCCACCAUCACCACCACCCAGCGUUACUACAUAGACGCGGACGGGAACCGGGUCUACAUCGGGGAGGAUGGGCGGCACUACCGGACGGGCGCCGACGGGAGCCGCAUCUACAUCACUACAGGAACUGGCUCCACGACCACGACGGAACGCUUCAUUGUGGACGCGCAGGGCAACCGCAUCUACACAGGCGCAGACGGCAGAAGGUACCGUUACGACGACCAGGGUAACAUCAUCUACAUCACGACGACUGGAGGCGGCACGGUCACCACCUCGGAGCGGUACAUCAUCGACUCUCAGGGCCAGCGGAUCUACACGGGCGCGGACGGGCGGCGCUACCGGUACGGGCCGGACGGCAACAUCAUCUAUAUCACAACUACGGGAGGUGGCGGCGGCACGAUCGUGACGAGCACGACGGACACGUACGUGGUAGACGCGGAGGGGAACAGGGUCUACACGGGCGCGGACGGACGGCGCUACCGGUACGGAGCGGACGGAACCAUCCUGUACAUCGUGGUUGGGGAGCGCUACACCACGGCCGACGGGCGCGCCUACACGUACGACGGGUCCGGGCGCAUCGUCUACUACACGGAGGACGGGCGCACGUACAGGUACGACGAUGAAGGAAACUUGCUGUACGUGACGCUGAGCGCCGGCGGGACCGUCACCACCACCGGCACCGAGGAGCGAUUCACCGUCGACUCACAGGGUAACCGAGUGGAGUUCUUCACGACCGCUGACGGCCGGCGCUACACGUACGACUCGGCCGGAAAUAUCCUGUAUUACACCGACGACGGCAGAGCCUACCGAUACGACAGCGACGGACAGAUUGUCUACGUCACUUCCGGCGAGGGACGCACAGUCACCUUCGUCGGCUCCGGCUUCGAGAACGGGGUUGGCGGUGAGGGCGUCACACGGCGGUUCCGGGUGGACUCGAGCGGGAACGUCGUCAGCCUGGGAGACCAGCCGGCGGAGGGCGGCAAAGCCAGAGGCAGUGCUCCGGCAGAGAUGACAGGCGGCGACGAGGACGGCGCUCUGGCAAGCAUGACAGGCGGCGAGGAUGGUGUUCUCGCAAGGGUGACAGGCGGGAGGACCACCGAAGACGUCGAGAAACCGAAGGGACGUCUUCCGAAGCCGAGCAAGCGGCGCCGACACCGGAACCGAAAACGGGGCGACCGAAAAGCCGAUCGGGACCGGAAGGAAAAGCGGGAAAACCGUCGGAAGAAGAAGGAAGCACGAAAAAAUGGCAAGAAAAAUGCCGCCCAGGAAAAGGGCCAGAAAAAUGGUGAAGGGAAAAACAAAAUUAAGCGCCUUUUGGUCAGGGUCGUACCUCGUGAAGAUGUAAUCCAUCAAUAAAGAAACUUUAUUUGCAAAAUCAAAAGAAAAUCCUGAUCAAUGAAUCAGGAUGUAAUCGAUUACGAAACGAACGGGAACCAAGCCGGCCUCUGAUUGGUUCAGGGUCAGAAAACAAGCCAUCAUCAACCAAUCAGGACCGAGGACACAAAUAUGACAUGAAUACCGAGCCUUACUACAUUAACGAUUAACACAGAUGUUUACUACGUCUUAUCAGUUAGAUACUCUUUACUACAAUGUUGUAUCUGAUUCUAAAUCACAGGUUGGUGCUAUUAUCUAGAAAUGUGUCAUUUUACCGUUUUUACUAAGUUUAGAUUAAUUACUGAAAAUUGGAAUUGUGUUUCCAACCUUGUAUGUUAGUGAGGUUCAAAGACACCCGGUAGUUUGUAGGACGUAUAUUUGACGGUGCUAUGUUUACUCUGUGAAGAAAGACUGAAUGCGGCUACAGGACAUUUCCACACGACUGUAGACGCAGAACACAGUGGAUGAUGAUGAUGAUAUUUACUCUGUUGGGUUUUUACCUGUUUAAAGUAGGUUUUGUGAUUAUACGAGUAAAUGAGGAAAGAGUUUGUUGUAAAACUCUGCACUUUUAAAGUACGUAUGCUGUACACUUACCAUGUCGGAAUGUCCUGAACAAGCGCACGUACCUUCAGCAUAGUCGACGUAAAAUGUGUCCUCUUUCGAAGAGCAAAACUUUUUUUCCUUUUUUGUUGUUGAUCAUUUUCUUUUAGGUGUAGCAUAAACGUUUAACCUUGACGUAAAUUAUGUAAUCUUCUAAAAGCAAAGCUUAUCCUUUUUGUUAUCAUUUUGUUUUAGGUUGACAUGAAUUCAAUACGAGUCAGUAUCCAGGAUAAUGUGCGACAUUAUGUUAGCUAAUAGAGUAAACAUGGUGGUAGAUUUUGUAUCAACAAUAAACAUUU